AUUCACUUUUUAAAAGACGUUUUUGCUGCCACUGCUGCCAUCCUUGCUUAAGCUCGCUAAUAAUUCAUAUGUAGUCCUUUUCUACCAUGUUUGCAGAUUUCACUGGAAAGUGAUGAUAGUAGAUGAGGCUCAUAGAUUAAAAAACUGCAGGUCUGCUCUUUAUCAAGAACUAUCCCAGGUUGGUCUGAUGUGAUUUUUAAUUUUUCUGUGUCAGUCAAAUGUUCCUUAUAUUUACUUGAGUUAAUACAGUGAAUAAUAUUGAAGAUGUCAUUUACCUAUUCAGUAGCCAGGUGUUUGUAUGUGAUCUACCAAUAAAUACUAAGUAAACACACCAGUAUGCUGAUUAAUUUAUAAAAUAUGGAAUAGGCUGAAUACCACUGAAUUUACCAGUAGCAAUUUAAUUUUGGGGGGAGAGGAGGUGGGGGCUAACUUUGGAAAAAGCAGUUCCUAUUACUCAUGGCAUGGGUUUUUGCUGUUGAAGUUUUUCAUUAGUUUUUGAUAGUGAUUGUUUUGUUAAUAAUUAUUAGUAGUUCAAUGCUGGUAACUUUAGGGAGGAAUUCAUCCUCGUCUCAUUUUGAACCUUACUGAUUUUUUUUCUCUGCAAUAUAAACAAGUGACGUAACAUUGUAGUAUGUACAGUCAAAUCUCAACUUGCAACACCUCACUGUUACAGAUACACUGACACUAUGGAUAGCAACUAAAUCCCCAGCUAAUAUCCACUGUAAAUUUGAAACAUCUGACUUUAAAACUGACAUAAUUUAUUAUGACUGAAACUCUUGCUCCUAUGUACAAACUCUAGCUGAUAUGGACUCUAACUUUCCGUCUCAAGAGUGUCCCCAAUAACAGAAGUUGACUGUUCUAGUGAAUGUGAAUGUGUUUGUUCUCCCUUUGCAUGCAUGCAGUACUGCAACUUGAUUUUGUGAAGUGUAAACUUUUUUUUUAAAAAAAUUUGUUUUUACUGAGGAAAGAGGAACAGUAAUUUAUUUCAUCCAAGCUUGAUGAUUUUUUUUAUAGCUUGAAUAAUUCACUAAGUAACCCUGCAUUGUUAUGUACUGUAUUUAUUUAUUUAGCCAUUUAUUCAUUGUCUUUUAGUUUGACAAGGACUUUGUUGUACUGCUAACAGGAACACCAAUCCAAAAUAAUCUUAAAGAGGUAACAUGUCAAUCACAGAUGAAUUCUUUCUUUUCUAUUUCAUCUUUCUUUUAUCUCUUGUCUAGACGCAGCAUCACAAUAAUUAUGGCUUUAAUUAUCAGUUCUCUUCUUACCAUACCUACCUAAUUUCACUUAGAGGAUUACAACAGAUUUGAUUUUACUUUAAAGCCACAGAUAAUGGCUGUGGCAACACAGGUUCUUGUAGUAAACAUGUUAUUUCCAAUAGUCAUAUUAAAAUUAACUGUUUUUUUCAAAAGCAGUGAAUUUCAUUGUGACUGUGUAUUUUAAUUUGGGUCUUAAAUGUUUUAUUCAGGUUAUGCAAAUUAUGCAAAACAAUACUUUUUCUUAACCGUGUUUGGGUUAAUACUAUUAAUCAGUCAAUCAUUUCCCCUCAUGCUUUAGAGAGUGUACAGUAUUUAAUUAGCUGUCAGUACUAUGCAAACAUUAGCACUACAUUUUCAAAAAGUUAAAGCUGUACUUAGCUUAAUGUUCGCACUGUAGCGCCCAGGCAUGUUCUGUUUUUCCUUAACACAUUUUAUGUCAGGCCACUCAUGAAAAUUUCAUUGUAGCUCUAUUAAACUUGUUUAAAAAGGUUUAGUUUUGAAGAAUUUUUUACUAGGUUUCUCAAAAAUCAACUUCCAGCAACUUUCUUAGUGUGACCACAGCUGAUUUUUAUUUUCCUGUGCAUGUUCUGCCUGACAUGGACAGCGCUAAAUUAAAUACUGUUUGUUCUAUAUAAGGCCAUGGAAGAGGAUGGUCUUGCAAAAUUUCAGUCAAUUACAUUUACGUCUAGUUCCCCCCCCCCCCAAAGAAAAUUGUUCAAAAAAUUUUAGAGGUAAUAUUUAGUGUUGGCUGUCUAUGAUUUCAAGUCUCUGGUCCACCUCUUGGGAAAGUCUGCACACUGCAAGACUCAAACUGUCACAGAAAGGGCAAAGCUUAUCACUAACCUUCCCUUUAAUGUCAACUUUUAGCUAUAUUCGCUGCUCUCAUUUGUAAGCCCUGGUAUUUUUUCUCUUGAUGCUAUUGAUGAAUUUGAGGAAAGGUUCACAGAUGUUGAUGAUUCUACAGGUGAGAGAUGGGAGUCUUAUAAUAUUGGUUUUUCUGAAACCUGCAUCCCUACCGGGAUUUUGGUGAAUCCGGCUUCACAGGUAGCAAUCAAUUCCUGUAUGCCUUUAGUCUUUUCUGAAUAAUAAUGGGGCUUAACGGGGUCAUCCCUGAAAGGUACGAUGAGCACCCCCCGUCAUUUUCACAGGGAAGUGCCCCUUCCCUCCAACCUCAAGCUGGAAAUACAUGUAUAUCCACGGUCACUGGCUAACAAGUUUUGAUAUCAGGUAUUUACUUUACAAUGGCGGAUCCACGGGAGGGCCCCCCCUUAUUUUUAGACCAAAUUGAGGCCUGAGGUGCCUAAAAAAAUUUUUUUGAGACCCCGCCUAUCUCAGGGUCUGGAUGACUGCCCCCCUCCCUUAUCUGAGGAUUUGGAUCCGCCACUGCUUUAAGUUCUUCUAAAGAAAGUUAUUAAGGUUGCUAAAUUUGAGUAUGAUGCAAGUAAAGUGUAUUUCGAAGUUUUCUGUUUGAUCAUGGGAUCAUAACUGUAUCGCUACUGUUUGUUUCACUAAUAGUUAUUGUAUCUUUUUGGUUAUUUGUUUCAGAAAAAAAUAUGGAGUUGCAAAAUCUUUUGUCACCAUUUUUGUUAAGGCGUGUCAAGUCAGAGGUCAGAUAUCAUUUCACAGUAAUAAAUAAUAUUAAAUCCUUUUUGUUUAUAAGUGACAUUGGCAACUACGAAAUCUGUAAAAUAUUUUUAUUUAUGUCUUAACAUUAAUACUGACCACACUGUACUUGUAAAUUGGUGCGUGCAUGCAAAAUUCUGGCAUUGGCCAGGCCCCAAUUGUGCUUUUAAAACUAUAAAUUAUUACUGUUUUUAUGAUUUCUGUUAUUUUUUAUAAUUUGUUGUAGGUGAUGGCACAUUUACCAAAGAAGAGUGAGGUAAUAGUGUUAAUUAAUAUACUUACGUUCACAAUUCCCUUCAUUUUUAAUUUGUUUUACUCCUAUUCUUGCUUGAAAGCACUACUUAUUUAGAUUCUGCGCACUGUUCAAAGUCAUCUGAAUGUACUUUGUCAUGCAUGCGUGUCAUUAAUCUCGUGAAUACGACGAUAAAUGGAAAAACGUCUUCCAAGCCAAUCUCUGUUCUUUAAACUGCUCUUGCUUGAAAACGCCACCUUAUUGGCAGUAGGAGUAAAGGGUAAAAAAUUGACAUUCAAACUGCAAAGGACCACAGACGAAUAUGCCGCAAAAUGUAGGAUCUAUAUAAGACCUGACCAGCAAAAAUAUACACUGAGUAGACACACUGAUUUCAACCCCGCUCUGUUUUUGGUUCUUUCGGUGUCGUGUUGAUGUCUUGCAAAGUUAAUUUUCACGUAGUACGAUCAGUAAAGGGUAAAAGCUAUUGUAGUCUGCCAAAUUCAUGGCCCUACCCCUCACCCCCCUCCCCCCCUCAGUGAUCUGUGUUCAGUCUCCUUGAGACACUUUUUGUCGUUCCUUUUAAACGCUGGAGUGUCACUCUUCAUAUUUUAACAAUGACUGCGGAGAUAAUGGUACUGUGCUUCCCGAUGUGUAGUUCCCCUGACCUAAUUUCUUUCAAUUAUUUGUGUGCUUUUUUUUUUAAAAAAGGUUCUUCUCUACACUGGCAUGUCAGAAUUACAGAAAAAAUAUUACAAGGCCAUCUUGAUGAAAGAUUUAGGUAGGGUUGACCUCGCUUAAAAUUCUUAAACUGAAAAGUUGUGACACUCUAAAUGACUUGUAAUGAUUGUUAAUAAUAUGGUGUUCUUAAUGUCGGUUCUCCGUUUCUAAUUUAAGUGUUUUUCGUACAGUUUGUUUGGAAAUUUUCAUUUGUAUCUUUCCAUUUACUCACAGUGGCCGUUAAUUGUAGAAGGUUUAUCAACGUUUGAAUAACUUCUUAUUGAAAUCAGGUUUUGCAUAAUAUCAUUCAGUAAACAUUGUUUUUAUAGGUAUUACUCACGCAAAGUAGGGGAAUUCCUGGAGAAGGUUUAACACGAUUUCAGGCCGUUACGUGUGUAGGGCAUACUCAUGCCAGAAUAAAAAAGCACAAAAGUUUUUCCGUGGUGAUUUUACUUCACAUGUGGCACCUAGAACAAUUUUUUGUGCGAUCUUUUUUUCUUCUAUAAGUAGUUUAGUUCACUUCCAGUGAGUUUAGUGACACUUUCAAAGGCUGUGUAGUUUUAAGUUUUAAAGCAGGAGAGAUACAGUCUGUUUGGAGUUUAUAAGGUGAUUGUUUUCUAAUGUCUGUUUUAACCUUUUUCUAGACGCGUUUAAUUCUCCUGGAGGAACCAGUAAAACCAGACUGAUGAAUAUUUUGACCCAAUUAAGAAAAUGUGUCAACCAUCCAUAUCUGUUUGACGGUAAAUUUGUUGUUUGUCUGUAUUCCAGAAUACAGUAAUCAAGUCUUCCUAACUUUGCUUUGAUUUUGCUGUUUAGGAGUGGAACCUGAGCCGUUUCAACUUGGUGAACAUCUUGUUGAUGCUAGUGGUAAUUAAUAUUUGUGAACUUACAUAGUUUAUUUACUUUCUCUGACUGCUCUAUCUCAGUUUUCUCUUGUAUUAUACUGAAUCAAGUUUAAGCUAACCGCUUCAUUUUAAAGUCCUCAACAGUUAUGUACUUCUCACAUUAAAGCGACUGAAAUGAAAAAGCUGUUUGUUUAUCCGCCAUUAAUAUAGAAUUUAGUUUUAAUUUCAAUUAAUGUUUGUCCAGCCGUACACGCGUCUGUGAAAGGGGGACAAUAAAAUUAGUGGUUUUAAAGACUGAGUUGUGACACUACUGAAAAGUGAAAAGUGGAAUAGGUGUCUAAUGUGACAGUGAAAAAUGUAAAAAUGCUUGUGAAAAAUCGCCUGUUCAUAAGCCUAUUGAUAUUUUUUCUUCAGGAAAGCUCCAAGUUAUUGACCAACUGCUGAUUUUCCUCAAGACAAGGUAAGUAACAAAUCCAGGAAAAAGAAUUGUUUUACUGUGCUUCUUGGAAUUCGUCACAAGAAGGAAACUGAAGGAAACUAUGCAUUCCUUUUUUUUACAUCAUCAGGGGACACAAAGUUUUGAUGUUCUCUCAAAUGACGAGAAUGUUAGAUAUCAUUCAGGAUUAUCUUGGUUACAGAGGUAAUUAAAGUGCGUAUUUCCAACAAUAAUAACCUGUUUAUGCGUGUAUCAUACUUCCCGACCUUCUAAGUAUGCUAACCAGGACGCUACGCUGCGCGCUCGCCCUUACUAUCUUCCAAGGCUCUGUGAUAGCACUACAGUACGAUUCGAUUUUACCCCAUACAAACACUAUAAUUUUACAAGUAUCGUACUGUGGUACUAUCACAGAGGCUGGCUCACGUGUGCUAUCUUCGAGAACCGAUGCGAGACUACGCGUAGUCUACUAGUUUUCUACAGCAGGCUUUGACCUUUUUCCCGUUUGCUUAAAAAGAGCUUCACACAUGGAGUGUAGAACUUCAUUUUGGCCCCUUAUGUUUUUUCCUGUUACAGGAUAUUCUUAUGAGCGAUUAGAUGGCUCAAUCAGAGGAGAGGAGCGAUUUCUAGCUAUUCAGAACUUCAAUGAAACAGAAGAAACCUUUAUAUUUCUCUUGAGUACGCGUGCAGGUAUGUUCUUGAGCAUAAAGUGCGCUCUUAUGGCCAUCAUGUAUCAACGGAACCUCGUGAAUCGUGCAGUUAAUUUCCCCUAAAACUGGUGAUUGGCAUAUUCGCAUUCUAGACUGCAAAUCGCUGUAGUCUAGACCACAGAGGCGUGGUUGCGAAAUGGUUAACUCACCCUCAUUAGGUCACGUGGACCGAUUCUUGGCCUGGCGCUGAAUCGUGUGAUUUCUUGCGACGAGAAAUUAUGCUUCCCCUUGUCCAUCAAACAGCGUGUAUAAAUAGUUCCCGCGACGUACUGCUUUGGUAACCCUGAGACUGACAAACAUCGUAAUGGAGUUGUGUUAAGGCACCAUUGCUUUCAGACAGUUUACUUAAUAAAGGAGACUGGUACAUAUACUUACAGUCCCUUAGAUUUAUUUAACUGCGAACGAAGUCCUGAGCGCAGCUCUUCCUUUUUCCUUUCUGUAGGUGGUCAGGGUUUAAACCUGAUGUCUGCAGACACCGUCAUAUUUGUAGAUAGCGACUUCAACCCGCAGAAUGACCUGCAGGCGGCAGCUCGGGCUCAUCGUAUUGGUCAAACAAGGUAGUGAAAUAGAUGGUCGUCACUUGUUUCCAUCCGCCAAAUUGACAUUUUCAUCUCAGUGGCUGUCACAAGACAUUUCACUUUUCUUACAUGAAAUUUCUCUGUUCAUUCUUGAAAUUUCUGUUCAUAAAAGUCUAAGUCUCUUUAAUUUUUAAGGAAAAACAAUAUUCAGGAUGGCACGAGUAGGAUUCGAUCUCGGAGCAUGGGCUCUGCAGUGCAGAGCUUUCACCCCUACAGCACCGAGGAUUUGCUGACAAUUAAUGGUUCGAUUUGAAUAUAUAUAGCAACAACCCUACCCCAACUCUAACCCUAACCCUUACCUUGUGUACGAAUCAUUAAUCUGUCAACGCCAGUUUGGCAGAUGGAAAUAAGUGUUGACCGAGAUAGAUGGCACUCAAGGGGAUAUAAAGUAGAAAAACCUGGGAAAACAACGUUACAUUUGAACUUCCUGUAAGCUUCGGUGAAGCGGUGGUAGCCAUAGGCUUACCAGCAAUUUCUGUGUGGCAGACUGUGCUCUUAAAUGACCGAUACAUUUAGCUGGUAAAAACGCUGAAGGAAUAAAUACAAUUUUAAUUUUUUUCUUAUGAUAUGGUUGAUAUGAAGCUUUGAAAUUACGGGUCACUUUAGCUUCACAUACAACGAUAAUGUUCUAUUUAUCUUGUUUAUCAGA